AUGGAUUCAUAUGAAGGCUAUGAUGCGUCUCCUGGAAGGAAUCGCGAUGCGGACUCCUUCGGUAGAGCACCAGCAGAGUACCGCCGCCGGUCGCCAGUUUCUCAAGAUCGCCGUGGCCGUGGUCGUGGCCGUUCCCGCUCUCCCAUGAUUGAUCGCUACGAGCCUACCGAGCGUCGCCCUCGAGAUGAUUUCUACAACAACUCCCGUGAUCAAGCUGCUCGUGACCGUGAAGAUCGCCGACGCCUUCCUUCCCCCAAUGUUACGAAUAUCGACCGUUACAUCCCAGGCCAAGACUCUGGCAAGCGGCCCCUCCCAACGAAUCCUCUUCCUGACCCACUCAGUCUGGAUUUCCAAGUCGGGUUCACCUGGUUUGCUGAAUGGUGGAGAGCCGAACAAGCCAUUGACGAGGAAAAGGAACGCGCUAGGCAUGGCGGUCGGCUCCCUUCGAGUCGUCUCAAGGGCGAGCGCGAAGCCCGUGAGGACCGGGAUAAGGAACGCGCGCAAAUCCAAGCUGCCUACGAUACAUACAAGGUGGAUCUUCAGAUCAAGUUGGCUAGAGCAUUUGUGCAACAACAUCGCGAGGAAGAGUGGUUCAAAGAGCGGUACAAUACCGAAGUACGAGACCCGAUUCGCAGUCGUCUGCUAAACUUCCGAAAGGGAGCAUACGAGCAGUGGGAGCAGGAUCUCAAUGGCGGAUUGUUUGACGAUUUUACGCUCGAGGGCAUUUACAAGAGCGAAAGCGACGGUGCUGGUGGUGUCAUUGAGAAGGAAGAAGGCGAGACCACCGCCGUUGGGGAAACAUUGGGAGUCCUGGAUCUACUCCCUGUUCGUGGAGGCGAACUCCGCGACGAGGCUCUGUCUCAACCUGCCUUGCUCAUCAAGACUCUUGCGCCAAAUGUGAGUCGUGAGAAGAUUGAGGAGUUUUGCAAGGAACACCUUGGAGAGAAUGAUGGUGGCUUCAAGUGGCUCAGCCUCAGCGAUCCAAACCCGUCCAAGAAGUUCCACCGCAUGGGCUGGAUCAUGUUGCACCCUGGUGGCGACACAACAAAUAUUGUGGACCGGGGAGAUGGUCGCGAGGAGGAGAUGGAUCAUGAUAAUGGCAUGAGUGAGACUGUGACUAUCAGCGGAGCUCAGAAGGCGCUUGAGGCUGUGAAUGACAAGACGAUUCACGAUCCGGUCCACGGCGAUUUUACUUGUCACGUUGGUGUUCACGUUCCUCCAGCCCAUCCCCGCAAGAAGGCACUAUGGGACUUGUUCUCUGCCCCUGAGCGCAUCGACCGUGAUCUUGAGCUGGCUCGACGACUGGUCGCUCGGAUGGACGGCGAGAUGGGAGAGGUGGAUGGUUACAGCAAGAUCGAAGAACGGGUCGAGGACCUUCGCGGCAAGGGCUGGCUUCAGCCUCCCGUGACUGGGCCCGUCAGUGUCAAGAAGCAUAAGAACGGGUUCGAUGAAGACGGUGCUGACGAUGGUGAGAUGGAGGAGGGCGAGGAGAGAGAAAUCUCCGAGGACGAUGAUGUUGACGAUGAAGAGGUUUUGGCAAAGAAGAAGAAGUUGGAUUUGAUGGUCGAGUAUCUGCGCCGCGUCCACAACUUCUGCUUCUUCUGCGUUUUUGAAAGUGACUCCGUUCACGAGCUUGGUCGCAAAUGCCCAGGUGGCCACCUUCGUCGUCCUCGCACCGGUCUCUCUAAUCAAGCCAAGGAGGUCGCUCGUGCCAGUGCCCUGGGGCAACCUUUCCCUGUCAAGAAGAAGGAGCCGAGUGAGGAUGGAGAAGAACGGGCUUCACCCGUGCAGGAGAGGCGUCCUCAGCGCGUUCCCAAGUCGGAACAACAGCUACAGCGCGCAUUCAACUGGGUCAAGACCUUUGAGGAUAAGCUAUUGCAAAUCCUGGAACCUGAAAUGGCCGACCUGCGCAAACUUGGCGGCAAGCCUGUGGAGGAAGCCCUCGACGAGGAGCUCGCCAAGUAUGUCAAGCAGGAGACUGACGACCGGUACCGAUGCAAGGUGCCCGAGUGCGCCAAGCUGUUCAAGGCGGAGAACUUCUGGCGCAAGCACAUUGAGAAGCGUCACGCCGAGUGGUUUGAGAAAAUCCAGGGUAAUCUGUCCCUCGUGAAUGCCUAUGUCUUGGAUCCUUCACGAAUCGCUCCAUCCCGUUCCGAUGCCAAUAGCAACGGUCACUUCCCUCUUGCUUCCGGCCAUGGCCAGGGCGGCACCCCCCGUGGGUUUAGCCUGCAGAAUGUGCCUUAUCUCGGGAACCCAGGGGCUCUUCCUGGAUUUACCCCCGGAGGCAUGCCCGGCCUCGCGGGCGCAGGCGGCUCUUGGGGCGGCAAUGGCAUUGCUGCUGGGGAUGGUGCAAACCUGCACCAGCCGGGCGUCAUGCGGCGUGGCGGACACCGUCAACAUAGCCACCGAGCUGGUCCCUAUGACCGUCGCCGCCCUCCUAACGGCAGCGGACGCCUCAGCCCUGUUCGUAUGCCUGGCAUGUAUGGUCCUGGCGGUCGUCUUCCUGCCAAUUUCUCCGUUCCACCUGGCCACCCAGCCGCCAACAUGGUUCCCCCCAACCCCUUCCCCGACUCCAUGGGCGGUGGUGGAGGCCCACAGGGCAUUCCCCCGCGUGAAGCAGUGCAGGGCCGUAGCCUGAAGAGCUAUGAGGACUUGGACGCUGUGGGUGGAUCUGGCAGCGGAGAGCUAAAUUAUUAG